AACCCCCUUUCCUCCUCCUCGUCCAAAUUGAAAUCAUCAGUCAUUUUCUUCAAAUCAAUUCUGGUGGAAAAGAUGAAGGGUUCUAAGGAUCUAGCAUUAACAUUUGCUGACAAGUGCAAGAAUAUAAUGGCUUCAAAUUGGCGAGGUUAUCUAAACACUGUAAAAGCAGAUGCAGCAGGAAGUAAAGAAGAUAUUCAUACAUCAAGGAUUAUGUAUUUUCUCAAGAGAGGAAUACCUUACCUAUGUGUACCACAAGAUGACUUGCAUAAUCUGAAUGUUGUUAUUGACGAACGCGGUUCUAUGGCGGUGGCUAAUCCGUAUCCUGGUCCACUUGCAAAUGUGCUAAAGUCUAUAGGCAAGUUACCUACCAGGGUUGCUUUGACUGGUGAUGUUCUGUCUCUUGAAGAAGAAAAGAUGCGGCAUGUUACUGAGAGUUUAAGAGAAACCAUUGAGUUAGAAAAGAAGGUAAUUAGUGCAGCUAGUUAUGCAGUUAAGGAAAUAUUCAAUUCUUCGCGUAUCAGCUCUGUGUCACGAACCGAUAAUCUUCGAGAUGUGUUGAGUGCAGGCGAAAAUGGUUUUGUGGUUUAUAAGUUCGAUAUUAGAUCAUGCAGCUAUAUUGACAGCACUGGAACCGACCAUGAAGUUGAUUUGGAAGAGCUGGAACUUAGUAAGACAGAUCCAUUGUCAAUGUUUGCUGAAAAGCUAAUAGAUGGGAUCAAUCAAAAUCGAGCAAGACGUAGUGCAUUGAUGCUCUUCUGUUUUGAAUACUUGGAAAUCAAUGCAGCAGAUGCAUACAUGAUAUCUGCGGAUUCAAAGGGAUUUGAUGUGCUUGCUAAGAUUCCUAGUAACACAACUGAAGAUGAUCUCGAUGUAUACACUUGGAGGGAGUGCAGAAUUGAUUUCAAGGAAGAAGCAUGUGACAUUGGAACAUUCUGCCGCCUACUAGUUGAAAUGGAAGCAGAGGCACUUCAAAACUUGCGUUCAGGGUUGCAGGCUUCCUAAAGGAAUUUGCGCAGCCAGCAUCCUGACUUUUUGUAGGGCACUGUAAUGUAAAUUUUGCUUUUGCUUACCAGUUCUGAAAUCAGGGAUGUUAAUGGUAUCAUGUAAUGGUCACGAAGCAAGAGUUAUGUUACAUUAUGGCUAUGGUGAACUGAAACCUUUAUUAUUUUCCA